AUGUCUGACGAAGUUCCAAACUUUGCGCUCUUUACGCUGCAUCCCCUGUCGAGAAAGACACGGUCCAUUUUGGAGUACAACCAGUCCCUGGGCCGCACGCCGCCUGGCUGCGACCAUUUCGUCGUGAUGGCCAGGCAGGUGGCAAGGGAGCGAGCAGGCAUGCUGACGGUUGGAAGGGAGCUGGACAAUGACAUAUGGUACAAGGAGGGCAACAACAGAUAUUUAUGUGCAUUUUCCCUGACGGGCAACGGCGACGUGCUCUUCCUCGACAGCUCCGGCAUCAACAACCUGCCCCAGGCCGGCAUCAGCGUGACGGUCGAGGACGAGCGCACGCGGCGGCGCGUCCUCGCCGACAAGUACUCGAUGAGCCUCGAGCGCGAGCGCGGCGGCGUCCCGCAGCAGCGCCGCGUCAUCCCCAUGUGCCCGGACCUCGACUGGCGCGUCGAGAUGGGCCGCGGCUUCCACUACAGCUUCCGGUGGUGCGUGCCGCUGCACUCGCCCGAGGCCGUCGCGCAGACGCGCAGGAUGCUCGCGCGCAUAGUUGCCGCCGACCCCCGGCAGUACGUCGUCGAGAACAUGCGCCCCGGCGGCGACGGCGACCACCUCGUGGAGCAGCGCCGCCUGCCGCUCUGCGGGCGGACGCCGCCCGAGACGCACUGGUACAGCACCGCGUGGCGGCCGCGGUCCGGGCGGACCCACGAGCACGUCGAGCUCAGCUGCGGGAGGCUGUAUGCCGUCAAGACGGUCGCGGGGCCGAAGCGGCCGGAUGGCGAGGAUGACGAGGUUGCGAUGCGGGCUUGGAAGAGGCUGGCCAGGCUGCACGCCGAGAACUUCGAUUCAUUGCACCAUAUCAAUAUCGAAGGGCCCGAGUUCAUCGACGGCUGGCACGAGAGCCACGACCGUCUCUACUACUACCACGUCCUCCACCGCGGCAACGCGCGCGACCACUUUGCGCCGCUCCUCGCCGUCCAGGCGUCCGACAUUCCCGCCGCGCACUUCACGCAGCACCGCGCCGGCAUCCGCUCCCGCGCGGCGCGCUUCGCGAUGCAGAUGCUGCAGGCGCUGCGGUACCUCGACGAGCACGGCGUCGUGCACGGCAACAUCAAGCCCGAGAACAUACUCUUCCAGACGGCGCACUACCAGGUCCCGCCGCGGCACCCGCACCGGCCCGUGGACCUCGUGCGCUUCUUCCUCGUCGACUUUGCGUUUGGCCCGGCCGAGACGCACGUCGGCACGCCGGGGUACAUGGCGCCCGAGGCGGUGCGGUACUACACGCGCUCGAGCAAGGCCGACGUGUACGCGCUGGGCGUCACCAUCCUCGAGCUCAUGGGGCUCUUUGCGGUCGACGAGUUCCGGCGCGGCAUGCGCCACUGGUACGCCAAGCUGGCCAGGUUCACGCCGGAGCCGCCGCAGGUGGGCGCCGGGGAGGAGGGCGGCGCCAGGGCCGGGGAUCACGACUGCGAGUAUGGCCACAGACAGGUCGAGUCGCUGUACGAGCACAACGUGCUGAGCCCCGUGCUCGAGGGCAUGGUGCAGCUGUCGUCGCAGAGGCGGCUGGACAUUGACGGCGCGAUUGAGACUUUUGCCGACGUCGGCGAGAACGCCUUGUUUUUCGGUCAGGCAUCGGCGGCAGAGAGACCGAGAGAGUCAUGA